UAUAAUGCGUGCAUGUAAAGCAUUUAUUUUAAUUAAACAUAAAAUCAACCACUGUUUGCAUGACAUGUCAUCAUUUUCAUGGAAAAAGAUCCCAGAUUUUUACUUUUAUUUUUUACCACCCCGGGUUUUGCGCUACCCGUGUUGUUUUCCUACCUAAUUCGAUACCUUAAUUCAAUGGCCUCUCAAAUGGUCGUCAUGGAAACGGUUCGUCAAAACAAAGCGGAAGGAAGUGCUUUUCAUGUACAAAAUUUUCUGGAGAGAAAAAGCCUGAAUGAUUCCCAAGGGAGCAAAAUAUGUAACAAAUCUCACUUAGCAAAUCGAACACGACACUUGAUGCUAAUUUUGAGCCCACCAAACAGAGGGAAAAAAGUACUCACGUUAUACUUUUCUUGUUAUUUACUGCCAAAUGGUAUUAAAAUUCAGGAAUAAUUAAAAACUUCGAUAACCUCAUCCCGGUGUUUUAAGAGCGACGAUAAUUGCAAUUUAUCAGGUCGUAAAGAAAUUGCGUGCUCAGUAAAAGCUUAACAUUAGUGAAAGGGAGUAGAAAUUUGGAAAUAGUUAUUUAAAUUACACGGCACCGGCCGACGACGCCAUGAGCUAUGCGAGAAAAACGUCCCCACCACCGAUGUGGAGCAAGGCAUCAUCCCAAGUCCCCGAGAAGAAUCAUAUGACUGAAAACUAUCGAAGGAUGAAAACCAUUGCGGCAGACGGACAGAGGAAGCGAUUCGAACCUUUGAAGGCCCGAUUUGUUCCCGGAGUUACAAAAAAUGAUCGAUAUGCUCACGUCCCGUCUAAAGUGGGAGCGUUUUUGAAAGGAGGUCAAUCCCUGAUACCUCCACAGAGAUCAUUUUCAGACGAACUUGCAAACCGCAGGGUGCAACAGGGUCAAAAAUUUGUGGUAAAUGGAGGAGGACCAAGAAAUAGAUCUACACCACUCCCACAACAUGGACAACAGCAGUAUCAUCAGCAAAAUGGGAAUGGAAUAGCACAUGGGCCGGCAGUAAAUAGAUUAUCUCGUAGUUCAAUAGACCUGAGGUCACAGACCAGCCAGUCUGGAUUUAAUCAUCCCCUGCAACGUCAAGGUUCCAUUAGUGCUUCUGGAGACGGAUUUCACGAAUUCCCAAGUGUACAAAUCCUACAGCCAAAUCCUCCCGAUGAGUCGAUUUACAAAUGGAAAUUCAAUGAUGAAGAUGAACUUGUAAGGAAUGGUGGUGGUGGUGCUAAUUUUCAUAGCAGUCAACACAGUCUGCCACCACAAGCCCAUCAACCACAUUGCCAUCGUGUCGAAUACCUUCCUUGUGACGGGAUAUGUGCUUCGGAAGAAACGAUCGUUAAUAAUCCUGACAGUGCUCGAUCCACUUCAUCCCGAACUUCGCGAGGAUGUAAUACAGAAGAGACGAGAAUAUUUCCGGAAGCAAAGAUGCAGCAACAGCCAUACCACUUUAGAGGGAUGACUCUUGGCGCACACGACGCCCAAUCGAGCAACGACCUUCGCCCUAAUAAUCAAAACUUUUAUCAACCCCCCUCCUCCUCGAAUCACUUGGAUCGAUCGCAACAAACAGGAAUGACCAGCAUAAGUGGUUUCACUAAUGGAAAUCAUAUUCCAACAAACGCCCCUGUUUCGCAUCGUCGAUACCAAGAAAGGCAAGGUGGAUCUCUGCAAGAAAAACGAGCCAAUGAACGAAACCUUUAUCCAUUUAAUGGCGAAGGGAAUGGUGUCAGCGUCGCGGACCAAAUGAGAAGUUUGAGUAUUCGUGACCAAGAACGACAUAAGGAACGGCUGCUGAAAUCUAACAGUUCUAGAGACGUUGGUGUGGGUGGAGAUGUUCCUCACACGUUAGGAACUGUUCCAAAGUACUUAAAACAACGUCAAAAGGAAUGGCGAGAAGAAGAGGUAGCUAAGCAAGAAGCGGAGCAAAAUUCUCACAUUCCAAAUGGCUAUGUCCUCAUGUCCGAAGAUGAGCGGAUGGAUAACUUGAGACAAUUUCGAAAAAGUUACGAAAUGUUGAUUGCUGAACUGAACAGAAUCCCCAUUACUGUCGAUACAAUGCGUGUUCGAACUCACAAAGCGGAUAUAGAAAAACAGCUCACACGCUUGGAGGAAGCCAUGAAGACGUUUUCGCGACCAAAAGUAUGGGUCAAAGUGGAUGACUGACACCUAGUGCUUAUCCAUAAUGCAAAUAGUUCCAUCCCGACUAUUACCAAUACAACAAUUCCUACAUUCACUCCAACCGCAACCCAGUGCACCUAGAAACAUGUCCAUAUAAAUAAUAAAAUAUAAUGAAAAUACUACUGUACAGCUUAACUGUGUACCCAAAUCGAAUAAUAUUUUGUACAGUACCAGUCAUUAUAUGAAUCUUACUUGAUAUUGUGUGUAUACAGAUUUGACUCGAGGUAUAUACAAAUAUUUUAAUAUGUACUACUUACUACGAGAAGGGAUUAUAUGCUAAUUAAUUAUAUUAAUUGCAUAUUAUGCAAAUUAUAGUACGGCAGACUAAUUUAUGGUGCCUUCGUCAAUCUCUUCGUAUAAUAUCGUGCAUUAUUUAUUACAAUAUUUGUAAGUUCAGUAAUAUAUGUUCAACAUGAAAAUCCACAAUAAUCAUUUUAAUUAUACUUAUAAAUUAAAAGUUUUAAUUGUUAUAUCUGUCAUGUAAUAUGCACGUGAAAAUAUUAACGUUUUAUCUGAAACUCAAUUUUACCGAAAUAAAUGAAUAUAACCAA